AAUUUUGACACCUUACAUAAUUUCGAAAAUGUCGCAAACUAAGGAAAUAAAGACUUACAGUUAUUUCGAUACCCCAGAUGGCCAUGACGUUUUAGAGAAAUUUUGGUGCGUUAUGAAACCAGCUUCAUUAACUGCCUUUGGUAUUGGAACAAUUGAUGUAGUUGCCUGGUCCCAUCCAAAAGGAUACCUACCAACUCUGGGUAGAUAUGCAUAUAUGGGAUUCCCUAUUGUAGGAGCAAGUGCAGCUUUUGUGCUAGUUACAAAUGCUUCUGCAAGUUUACGCAAAAAGGACGAUAACUGGAAUUGGUUUAUUGGUGGUUUUUCAGCAGGAUCUGUUUUGGGAGCCUGGAAGAGACAUGCCAUGAUUGGAUUUAAUUGUGGAAUGUUUUUCGGCAUACUUGCUGUAUGCAGAAAAAUAAUGGCAGAUAACAACUGGGAGGUUACACCAAGUGUGACUCCUGUAGCUACCCAAAAUGCUUGGAAUUAUGAUUUUACAUUAACUAAAGAAAGGCCAGGUAACUGGACUACUGGCAGAGAUUGAUAUGUUUUAUAAAUAAUGUAUAUUUUAAAUGAUAGUCUUUAAUACAAUAAAAAAUACUU